GGGAGAGUCGAGCGGCAGUUCGUCCGAAGUUACACCGAAACUUCCUCAAUAAUGUGGAGCUGAAGAUGAGUCGCCCGCAGGACGAGCAGGGUGUCGUGUUAACCGCGUACACCAGCAACACUGAAGCCGUGCUGACCGCCGGCUGUAGAGAGCAAACGGAGUUUCCAGGAGUGAGCCGCAAAACCGGUCAGUACAAUGUUCAGAGGUCCAAAGGCCCCGUGGCGGCUCCGGGGUCAGGCUCCGGCUCGGGUAAGGCCCCGUACCAGCGCUGCAGCUCCCAGGACUCUCUGGACGAGCAGGUCAUGGUGGACUACUUCAAAGAGGUAGAGAUCAUCCAGCGCAGUGGAGACGCAGAGACGCAGGAGGACGUGCAGCUGAAGGUGGCUGACGAGGGUGAGCAGGAGGAGGCGUGGCUGAUGGAGGCGGGGCUAGCGACGCUGUUCGACGAAUCCGCUUCAGGAGGCGAGGACAGCAUCGUGCUGCUGUCUACUCUGACCCGAACGCAAGCGGCCGCCGUGGAGAGGCGCGUGGAAACGCUCAAACAGACGCUGCGCAAGCGGAACAAACCGUAUAGUGUCCCAGAUGUCCGAGAGAUCUUUAAACCAUCACCUGAUUCACAAAGUAAACAGGAUGAGGCGGAAUCCACAGAAAGAAGUGGGAGCAGUAAACUGGAAGUGGAAGGACUGGGUAACGGGGCGGGGCCUGACGCUCCGGGGGGCGGAGCUGAUGCCGAGACGGACAUUAACCUGGAGGUAUCGUUCUCCGAGCAAGCGCUUAUCUACAAAGAAGGGUUAAAGGUUACCCAGCCCCAGAGCGAAGCCGACGACAGGUUACCCGAUUUCAGAGUGUCUCAGGAUAAGACCGGACAGACAAAAGUGGGCGAUCUCUCCGCUGAGGACAUGAAGAAAGUUCGCAGACUGGUCCUCAUUGAGAUGAGUGCUCUGUUCGACACGUGUGGGAUCGAGGUGAAGGCCCAUAAAGCUCUCAGGGUCAAAGUGAAAGAGUCGGGUUUGUUCGGUGUUCCUCUCUCUACGCUGCUGGAUCAGGACCAACGGAGGAUGCCAGGAGCCAAAGUGCCUCUCAUACUGCAGCGUCUGAUCUCCCACAUCGAGGAGCAGGGUUUGGACACAGAGGGUGUUCUCCGGAUACCUGGAGCCGCCACCAGAGUCAAGGCAGUCUGCCACGAACUGGAGCACAAGUUUUAUGAAGGCAUGUUUCCAUGGGAGAGUCUCAAACAGCACGACGCCGCGAGUCUGCUGAAGCUGUUCAUCAGGGAGCUGCCGUACCCUCUGCUGACCGUCGAAUACUUCAACGCCUUCAUCUCUGUGCUGAAGCUGCCCACUAAGAAACAGCAGCUCCAGGCUCUCAAUCUGCUGGUGCUCCUGCUGCCUGAACCCAACAGAGACACUCUCAAGGCUCUGAUGGAGUUCUUCCAGAGAGUGAUCGACCGUAAGGACAGGAAUAAGAUGACCCUGAACAACGUUGCAGUGGUGAUGGCGCCCAACAUCUUCAUGUGUAAGGGCUUCCGCAGUAAGAUCAGCGAGCAGCAGGAGUUCGCCAUGGCCGCCGGCACCGCCAACAUCGUCAGGCUGCUCAUCCGCUACCAGAACCUCCUCUGGACGAUUCCCAAGUUCAUCCUGAACCAGGUGCGCAAGCAUAACAUGGAGAACCAGAGGAAGAUGAACCGAGACAGAGCGGUUAAAAAACUACUGAAGAAGAUGGCCUACGACCGCGAGAGAGCCUCUGACAAACAGGAGAAGAACACUGAGUGUAGAUGUGUGUGUGUUCAGGCUGAUGGAGGCUUCAUACGGGUUCAGGCCCCUCAGUUCUCGAUGGUGUCCAUGGCCGUACAGCUGACGGAGGAUCUGAAGGCCUCAGAUGUUCUGACACGCUUCCUCAGUCAGGAGAGGACUCUGUCAGUGAAAAGAGAAGAUCUGUGUCUCUAUGAGAUGGGAGGAAACAUCAAGGAGAGAUGUCUGGAUGAAGAGACGUACAUCAAAGCUCUCCUGGAGCUCAACCCCAGUGCGGAGUGGGUCAUUAAAUCCGUCCAGCACUGACCCACAGCAACACAUGCCAAUCACGCCACGUGCCUUAAAGACCACGAGUAAAGGGAAGACAGCAGUACUGGGAUUCAGAGCCUAACAUGAACAAUCUGAAUAUAUUUCAACUCUUCAGGCGUACGGUCCAUCCCGUCCUCCGCUGCUGCUCAAACGGCACCUCUCUCCCAUGACAGAAUCCUAAACCAUAGCUUACACUAACGUGGUUUCCAUCAGACGCUCGAGUGGCAGUUGUACGUACAUCAUUUGUACGAGAAGCCAAAAUGUAGUCAGGUUUAUCACAUUUCAUCGCUUUUGAAGGACGGAUUGUUUGAUUAGUACAAGAAUCAGACAUUAAUUUUUCACGUUUUCUCAAAAUUCUCAUAAAAAAUGUCCAGGUCAUAUUUCAUAUCAGAAGAAAAGAACUUCAAAUGAUAGAUUUGCAUUGUUUUUGUAUUAUUUUCACCACAUUACUCUUCAAUUUCUCAUGCAUCUGUAAUGCAUCUUUUUUUAAUUCUUGUUGUAAAGACUAAAUAAUACAUUGUUUUUAUCGCUGCAUUAAGCAUUCUUUUGCAUUAUGUUAAUGAGGACCAGGGAACAUGCUUAAUUGUCAUGAAAAAUGUCUCAGUGCAAAGAAUGGUUGAUCUUAUAUAUAUAUAUAUAUAUAUAUUUAGAAAAUGACAAUAUACAAUUUAUUUCUUUUAGGGUGAAAUAUGACCUGGACAUGUUCUUUAUAGAUUUUGUGAGAUAGCCACAAAUCUCAUUCAUAUUAAAUUUUUAUAUAUAUAUAUCACAUGAAAAAAUGGUCUCAGAUCAUUGAAGUACUGAGGUACACCUACAUUUCAUACAUUUCUUCCUUUGAUUUCAUGUGAGUGAUCUCUUAGUAUUGUAGCAAUCUCUACUUUAAAUCAGUCACAUGAUAAUUUCCCCACUCUUACUUUAGCUCUCACUGCCAAUAAAAUGUCUCUUUAUUAGUUGUUCAGCCACUCCCAGGGAUCUUGGAUAUACUUUUUUAUUCCUGUUUUGCAAUAUUGGAGAAAAAAUGUUGCUGCAAGUCAGAGGAUAUUGUAGGAUUCAACAGAACUCAGUUCAACACAGACCUCAUCUAAAGUACUUCAAUGGAGGGAAACACUUGGCACUUAAACUGACCUUGUCUGAUGCUAAUUACAGUCAUGCAGAUGUCAUUUAAAUGAGUAGUUUUGAGGUGUGAUUUUUUUUUUUUUUUACUUCCACAUCUAUGUCUAAUGUCAUGCUUUUAUUGUGCUGGAAACUGUGAACAUGGCCGAAAAUGUUGCUGUAUGUUUUAAUGCUUCUAAAAUAACCACUAAAUGUUUUUGUAAAUAAAUGUGUAAUUCAUCUCUG